UAAACAAAAUGGCCACCAACACUGCUCAAAUUUUAAACCCCUCAAUUUUCAUUCAACCUUCCCAGAAAUUUAAAAACUACAUUAGCAAUUUAAAAGUUAGUGGAGAUAUACCGCACGGCAUUAGCAAUUUCAUUUUUAAGAAGAAAAUUAAAGCCGCAGUGGAAAAUGUAACUGAUAUUCAUUAUCUAAUUACAGAGGAAGAUAGAAAUUUCAUAAAAUCAAUUAACGUAGAAUCUAAAGAGGAUAUUUUCACAAAGUUGCCUUUGAAAAGUUCUUCAGUUAGCACUAGCGAUAAAUUAUUAAGUUUAUUCGAUUUGCAUUGGCUCUACAGGUACAUACAAAAAGAAAAUAUGAAUAAAGAUGAUAAAAUAUACCUACAUGAACUAAUCGAGGGAUCGCAUAUAAUUCUACCAAAAAAUCAAGAGAUCCCCAGGAAUGAAGAAUUGGAAAAGAGGUGUCAACGACUGAAGGCACAACAGGAAAACAAAAGUUAUCAUCGAAUGACCAAAAACGUGGACAGUACUAAAAGGAAACUGCCAGAAGAUAGUUUUGGUUAUCAUGUGAAACAGAUGAACAGGCACCUCGUGGCGAUAUUCCAGUUCAUUGUAUCGGUAGCUGCAGGAUUUGCGUUUGGUUUCAUAGGCGUAGAAUUAAUUAUUGGAAGUCUAGAUUUUGGAUUUAGACUUCUACUUGGCAUCAUAUGUGCUUUAACUAUAGCUCUAGCAGAAUUGUACUUCUUAGCUAAGAAACUAAAUGAAGAUAUACAAAUGGAAUAUAUUAUCGAAAACCAAUUCAAGAGUAAAGUAGACUAGAAUAAACACUCUUUUUGAAUAAAUUAUCACUAUAUCCUUUGAGCGCUCGUGUUUAAAGGUUUAGUUAUGUAUGCAAUUUUAGAAGUCGUAGGGGGUAGUGCAGGAAUUAAAACACUAAGGACCACUUUACUGUUAGUAUGUUUUAUAAAUUUUAUGAUUUUCAAAAAAAAUUAUUGAUAUUGUUAUUAGCACGUGUUUGGUACCAUGAAAAAAGUUUGUAAAUGCAGAUUAUUAAUAUUUUUGUUCAUUAUUUUUAGGAAUUGUUUUGGUAAAUAUUCUUCGUUGUAACACCAAUUUAUAUAUCUUUUGUAUGUAAUAAAAUCAAAUAGAUUGAAUAGA